GCAGUUUUUUUCAGCUACAUGGAAUCAAGAAACUAUACACAUGUUUCAGCAUUCUUCCUACUGGGACUCUCAGAAGAGGCUGAAAUGCGGCCCCUCCUCUUUGGGCUGUUCCUGUCCAUGUACCUGAUCACCUUUAUUGGGAACCUGCUCAUCAUCCUAGCCAUUAUCACUGACUCCCACCUCCACACACCCAUGUACUUCUUCCUCUCCAACCUCUCUUUCACAGACAUCUGUUUCACCUCCACCACUGUCCCAAAGAUGCUGUUGAACAUCCAGAUGCAGAGCAAAGUUAUAACCUAUGAAGGUUGCCUCAUACAGAUGUACUUUUUCAUGCUCUUUGGAGUAUUAGACAACUUCCUUUUGACAGUGAUGGCCUAUGACCGAUUUGUGGCCAUCUGUCACCCCCUCCACUAUACUGUCAUCAUGAAUCCCAAGUUCUGUGGCCUUCUGCUUUUGGUAUCUUGGUUAUUGAGUGUUCUGGAUUCUCUAUUACUUGUCUUAAUGGUUUUGCAACUGUCUUUUUGUACAGAGUUGGAAAUACCCCACUUUUUCUGUGAGCUUAAUCAGGUAGUCCAACUUUCUUGUUCUGACACCUUCCUCAAUGACUUAGUGAUGUAUUUUACAUCUGCAAUCCUGGUUAUUAUUUCACCCACUGGUAUCUUUUUAUCUUAUUCAAAGAUUGUAUCCUCCAUUUUGAGAAUUUCAUCAGCUGGGGGCAAGUAUAAAGCAUUUUCCACUUGUGGGUCUCACCUCUUAGUAGUUUCCUUAUUUUAUGGUACAAGUGUUGGAGUGUAUCUUAGUUCUAGUGUUACCCAAAACUCCAAGGAAAGUGCAAUAGUCUCAGUGAUGUACACUGUUGUCACACCCAUGCUGAACCCCUUUAUCUACAGUCUUAGAAACAAGGACACAAAGCAGGCCCUAAGAAAUCUUUUCAGCUGA